CACCGCGUCAUCUCAGCUUCAAUGUCCAUCUCCAUCUCCAUCUCCAUCUCCAUCUCCAUUAAACCCCCACUGUACUUCCCAAUUUCAAUCUCUGCUCCAAUUUCUAUUCUAGGGUUUCUCUGACACUUCCAAAUUUAUCCCUCCCCUCUUUCCAUCUCAAUCUCCCAAUUCCUCUCUUGAUUUUCCCCAAAUCCCCAACUUCAUGAUCGUACUCGACAUUCUCUCUUCUCUGCCUUGCCAGCGCCUGCUACGUCCUUGAAGUCGAAGAUUCCUCUUCUUUGAUCCCUACUGUUCCAGAUUGUUUCACGUCCGAUUGGUACUUCGAGUUUUGGAGGAUACCCAUUUUUGUGAUCUGGGCUGACUGGGGUUUUCGAUUUUGAGGUAUGGAUGUCGAUGGAGGCGGUAAGCGCGUUUUUCAGAGGCUGGGCGCACCUUCCGGAGAUUCUAGGAAUCAGAAGGUCUGUUACCAUUGGAGGGCGGGUAAAUGUAAUCGCUAUCCAUGUCCUUUUCUUCACCGAGAGUUAAAUGGCCCUCCACAUGCGGCUUCGAAUGGAGCUGCUAAUGCUGCCCCGAAGAGGGGUCAUGGAUUCGCCUCUGAUGAUUCGAGUUUUUCUGUUCCCCGACGGAGUCCCAAUUUUAGCGGCGGCUCGACGUGGGGACGAGUUCAUGGUGGUGGCAAUAAAAUAGUUAGAAAGACAGAGAAGCUUUGUAAUUUUUGGGUUCAGGGGAACUGUGGUUAUGGUGAUAAGUGUAGAUACUUGCAUUCUUGGAGUUUGGGGGAAAGUUUUUCGCAUCUAACGCAGCUCGAUGGGCAUCAGAAGGUUAUAACUGGGAUUGCUUUUCCAUCUGGUUCUGAUAAGCUUUAUACUGGUAGUAAAGAUGAGACCGUCAGGGUCUGGGACUGCCAGUCCGGGCAGUGCAUGGCCGUUAUUAAUCUUGGCGGAGAAGUUGGUUCCAUGAUUGCUGAAGGCCCUUGGGUAUUUGUAGGCAUACCUAAUUUUGUUAAAGCAUGGAACAUUCAGACUUCAGCUGAUCUGAGUCUUAGUGGACCCGUUGGCCUAGUUUAUGCCCUUGUUGUGGGCAAUGAUUUACUCUUUGCUGGUACACAGGUUAAGUCUUCCAAGUUUAAUCAUAAUGCUUACCCUUCCACACAGGAUGGGUCCAUAUUGGCAUGGAAAUUUAAUGUAGCAACCAACUGCUUUGAGCCAGCUGCAUCACUCAAUGGCCACACCCUUCCUGUUGUUUCUUUAGUCGUGGGAGCUAAUAGGCUCUACUCUGGUUCCAUGGACCAUUCUAUUAAAGUAUGGAGUUUGGAAUCUUUACAAUGUCUACAGACACUGUCAGAUCAUACAUCAGUUGUAAUGUCUGUACUUUGCUGGGAGCAAUUUCUUUUGUCGUGUUCACUAGAUAAAACUAUAAAGGUUUGGGCUGCUACAGAAAGUGGAAACUUGGAAGUAACUUACACGCAAAAAGAAGACCAUGGCCUGCUUACUCUCUGUGGGAUGCAUGAUUUAGAUGGGAAGCCUAUUUUGUUAUGUUCGAGCAACGACAACUCUGUUCGCCUUUAUGAUCUGCCAUCGUUCUCUGAGAGGGGUAAAAUAUAUUCCAAGGAAGAAAUUAGAUCAAUUCAAGCUGGUCCAGGAGGCAUCUUCUUUACCGGUGAUGGGACCGGGCAAGUGAAAGUAUGGACGUGGUUGGCUGAACAAGCUGCGGCAGCGAGCAUGUAACAUGUUAUGAGCAAAACAUAACAUAGUGUAAUGUAAUUUGGUCUUGGUCUUCAUCAGCUUGGUCCGAUAAGUUUAUACCUUUUUUUUGGGGAGGGGAUAGUUCUUUUCUAGUGUACAAGUUGCAGAGGCAGUUGAGGUUGAGAAUGCAAUUUUUUAUUUGUUAGUUUUAAGUGAGAAGCAGCAGACCAUUAAGAGGAAAUUGCUACACAAUGAUCGAAGUGUCUGUAUUUGCAGAGUGAUGAAAAGUUGUAUGUGGCGCAUCAAGAAAUAUAGCGCUGAAUAAGUUCCACAGCUUGCUUGCUAAAGAAAAUUAUUCCCCAAUUCAAUCCCUGCCUUUUUGUUU